AAUAACAAUAACGACCGAGGCAAAAAAAGCGUCAACGACAUCUCGGACAGUAAUGAAUCGCCCCUGUCGCACUUAAUCUUGUGCGUGAAGGGUUAAAGCGCAGAAGUGGUGUGAAUGGAGCCCGAUGUCCCUCUUGCAGUUCUUGUGUGUAGCCGCUGUUAGGAUUGAUGCUGAGGUUAUAGGAUGAGGCUGACACGCACACACACAGCAUGCUGCUGCUCGCUCCCCUCCUCUCAUGUUCAGUAAGAAGCUGCAUUUCCAUCAGCCUCAGCCUCAGCUCAGGACUCUCAGCCCUUUAUGUUGUGAGCGGAGCCGGGACCCCUCCUCCCUUCACCCUGGACACAGCUGGAUAAAGGGGGACUCCGCCAUUGUCAUCUGGGACUUUUCUGCCGCCACCACUCCCCUUGGUCCUGGUCCUUCUGGGGAGAGAAUGUGCAGAGAUGGGCCAGGCAUGUGGGCACUCCAUCCUGUGCAGAAGUCACCAGUACCAACCUGCCACAUCUGAUCUACGGGGGCAGCAGGUGUUCCUGAAGGCUGAAGAGCCCCCCACCACCCCGGGAGGAGGAGGAGGAGGAUGCCCCGGAGCCCUGCAGGACGCUUUGCUGACACUUGGUUCUGCCAUCGACAUCCCCCACCUCCGAGACGCCAUCAAAGAUGCCAUUACUUCUGUUUUACCAAAAGUGGACAAUGCCUUCAUCUACCUGCUGGACGCCGAGGGUCGGCUGGUGUGCGAUGACCCCUACCAUGAGCUGCCUCCGGAGGGGAAACUCAGGGAUUCUGUUCUGCUCCGGAAGAGGAUAGAAUGCAGUGGACUCACCCCAUCCGAGCUGUGGGGCCAGCGGAUGAGCAGUCUGGCAGCGCCGCUUCCCCCGGAUAAACAAGUGCUGAUACUGCCGCUGCUAGAACAGGACAGCGGGCGAGUACUAUGUGUCAUACUGAUGCACUGCGGUCAGCUGAGCGACUACGAUGAACAGAAUCUGCGCACACUGGAAAAACACAUGGUGGUGGCCUGUAAGCGGGUGCUGGCGGUCCAGAAGUUACAGCCGUGGCCCCAAGUCAGUCUGUCCGUGGGCUCCUCAGAAAAGUCGGUGGUCAAACUAGAACCUGUGCAGAGUGAAAAUUACGAUGAACUGGACCGAAAGAUCCUGCAGUUAUGUGGUGAACUCUAUGAUCUGGACGCGGCGUCUCUGCAGGUCAAAGUCAUUCACUAUCUGGAAGAACAGACGCAGUCCCCGUGCUGCUGCCUCCUCCUGGUAUCUGAGGACAGUCACCAACUCUUCUGUCAGGUUGUUGGGGAUAAAAUUUUAGAAGAAGAAAUCAGCUUCCCGUUGACAUUCGGACAUUUGGGCCAAGUUGUGGAUAAGAAGAAAUCUAUCACACUCCAGGACAUCAGUUCGGAGGAGCACAAGCAGCUGAAUAACAUGCUGGGCUUUGAGGUUCGCUCCAUGCUUUGUGUCCCAGUCAUCAGUCGGGCGACGUCCCAGGUGGUGGCUCUGGCCUGUGCAUUCAACAAACAAGGGGGAAACUACACGGAGAUGGAUGAGCACAAGAUCCAGCACUGCUUCUGCUACACGUCCACCGUCCUCACCAGCACGCUGGCCUUCCAGAAGGAGCAGAAGCUGAAGAACGAGUGUCAGGCCCUGCUGCAAGUCGCCAAAAACCUCUUCACACAUUUGGAUGACGUAUCGGUUCUGCUCCAGGAAAUUAUAACGGAGGCUCGAAAUCUCAGCAACGCAGAAAUAUGUUCUGUUUUCCUACUUGAGAGACAAAGCCACGAACUUGUUGCCAAAGUCUUUGACGGAGGAGUCGUGGAUGAUGAUAGCUACGAGAUAAGGAUCCCGGCGGAUCAGGGCAUCGCGGGCCACGUAGCGACCACAGGCCAAAUCCUUAACAUUAAAGAUGCCUAUUCACAUCCUUUGUUCUACCGGGGAGUGGACGACAGCACCGGCUUCAGGACAAGGAACAUCUUGUGUUUCCCCAUUAAAAAUGAGAGUAACGAGGUCAUCGGUGUGGCAGAAUUGGUCAACAAAAUUAAUGGUCCUGGAUUUACCAAGUUCGAUGAAGAUUUGGCCACGGCCUUCUCCAUCUACUGUGGGAUCAGCAUCGCUCAUUCGCUGCUGUACAAACAGGUCCAUGAAGCACAAUUCAGGAGUCAUCUGGCCAACGAGAUGAUGAUGUAUCACAUGAAGAUCUGUGAAGAUGAAGCCAAGAAACUACAAGCCAAUGGGAUCCCACCAGUCUCCCACAUCGAUCCAAACUUUAACCAUUUCAGCUACACCCCCCGAUCCCUUCCUGAGGAUGAUACCACUGUGGCUACUCUCAGUAUGUUUGAGGACAUGGGCUUUAUGAAUAACUACAAGAUCGAUCGGGCGACACUAAUCAGAUUUUGCCUUAUGGUGAAGAAGGGUUACAGGGACCCUCCAUAUCACAACUGGAUGCACGCCUUCUCUGUCACACACUUCUGCUACCUGCUGGACAAGAACUUGGAACUCUGCAAUUACUUGGAGGACAUUGAAAUUUUCGCCUUGUUUGUUUCGUGUUUGUGCCACGAUUUGGAUCACCGGGGGACCAACAAUUCCUUCCAGGUGGCCUCGAAAUCAGUGCUGGCGGCCCUGUACAGCUCCGAGGGGUCCGUAAUGGAGAGACAUCACUUUGCUCAGGCCAUCGCCAUCCUCAACUCACAGGGGUGUAACAUAUUUGAACAGUUUUCACGGAAGGACUAUCAGAGGAUGCUGGAUCUCAUGAGGGACAUUAUCUUGGCCACAGAUUUGGCGCAUCAUUUACGUAUCUUCAAGGAGCUUCAGAAAAUGGCGACAGAUGGUUAUGAUCCCAAAAACAAGCACCACCACGACCUCCUGCUCUGCCUCCUCAUGACCUCAUGUGACCUCUCUGACCAAACCAAAGGCUGGAAAACCACCAGGAAGAUUGCGGAGCUCAUCUACAAAGAAUUCUUCUCUCAGGGAGACCUGGAGAAAGCCAUGGGAAACAGGCCGAGUGAGAUGAUGGAUCGUGAGAAAGCAUACAUCCCUGAGCUACAGAUCAGCUUCAUGGAGCACAUCGCCAUGCCCAUCUACAAGCUCCUCAAGGACCUGUUCCCCCGCUCGGCAGAGCUCUACGAGAUCGUGGCCUCUAACCGCGUGAAGUGGAAUCGGGUGUCCCACAAGUUCACCAUCCGGGGUCUCCCCAGCAACAACUCUCUGGAUUUCCUGGAUGAAGAAUACGACAUUCAGGAGAGCUUGGACGAUGACUAUAAUAGACUCAAUGGCUGCGAGGACAUGAAAGGAGUGAACGGAUCGAUGACGGCGGCGGAGUGACCCUCACACUGGGGCGGACCCUAUAUAUACACGUAUAUAUAUCUAUAUCUCCGGUGUGAGGACCAUCAAUCGUGCUCAGAUCCUCCAGGUUGUUUUGCCGUCAGUGUGCAGUGCAAUGUAUGUUACACCAGAUGGCGCUGUGGAGCCGUCCUUGUUGGCCAAUCCCCAGGUCUUGGAGAUGUCACCGCCCAUGCGGAACCUUCCACCCUGUAAAUCUCGCCUCAAAUUCACGUGCACAAAACCUUCGGAGGUGGAACAUUCUCAAAGGUUUAUUUGCUGCAGAUUCUGACCGACAGGAGUUUUCUGGAAGUUGUUAUUCGGGGCCCCAACGCUGCUGACGUGAUGUCACUCCUACUUACCACUGUCCGGUGCCCAUGGUCCCCGGAGUCCUGUGAUUAGUGCCCAUGGUCCCUGUCACCAUGUAUAAUGUUUUCAUCCACAUAUCAUGUUGAGUAACGUUGUAAAUAUUUUAUUUACUUAUCAUCUACUGCGUUAAAGUUGAAUUAUGUCUCCGGUCACCUCCAAAGCUGCAUGUAUUGUUCCUCUGGUUACCUCCUGGGAUACAUCAGGGUUGUGCUGAGGAUCCUAAACACUACAUCUCCUACAAUACAGUACAGCCGGGCAUGUGAGGAGUCAGAUCUGAGUUCAUCAGAAUUAUGAAUGCAGCUCUGGAUGUUACUGCAGUAUAGGAUAUGUCAGUGCGGAUCUGGAUGGGAUUGGAGUAUAGGAUAUUAUAGAGCAGUAGAGAUGUUGGUGCGGAUCUGGAUGGGAUUGGAGUAUAGGAUAUUAUAGGGCAGUAGAGCUGUCGGUGCAGAUCUGGAUGGGAUUGGAGUAUAGGAUAUUAUAGGGCAGUAGAGAUGUUGGUGCAGAUCUGGAUGGGAUUGGAGUAUAGGAUAUUAUAGGGCAGUAGAGCUGUCGGUGCAGAUCUGGAUGGGAUUGGAGUAUAGGAUAUUAUAGGGCAGUAGAGCUGUCGGUGCAGAUCUGGAUGGGAUUGGAGUAUAGGAUAUUAUAGGGCAGUAGAGCUGUCGGUGCAGAUCUGGAUGGGAUUGGAGUAUAGGAUAUUAUAGGGCAGUAGAGAUGUUGGUGCAGAUCUGGAUGGGAUUGGAGUAUAGGAUAUUAUAGGGCAGUAGAGCUGUCGGUGCAGAUCUGGAUGGGAUUGGAGUAUAGGAUAUUAUAGGGCAGUAGAGCUGUCGGUGCAGAUCUGGAUGGGAUUGGAGUAUAGGAUAUUAUAGGGCAGUAGAGCUGUUGGUGCUGCUUUGGAUGGGAUUGGAGUAUAGGAUAUUAUAGGGCAGUAGAGCUGUUGGUGCUGCUUUGGAUGGGAUUGGAGUAUAGGAUAUUAUAGGGCAGUAGAUAUGUUGGUGCUGCUCUGGAUGGGAUUGGAGUAUAGGAUAUUAUAGGGCAGUAGAGAUGUUGGUACUGCUCUGGAUGGGAUUGGAGUAUAGGAGCUGUUGCUGCAAAUCACUAGUCCUGGAGCUGGUCAGCCAGAUGGAAAUAAGAUCAGGUAUAUGGGGGUCACCUAUUCCUGGUCAUUAAGAUGGGGGCGUCAGGAUCAGCUAUGGGGUCACCUCUCACUAGUCAUGGAGCUGGUCAGUAGGAUAGGGCAGGAUCAGGUAUGGGGUCACCUCUCACUAGUCCUGUAGUUGGUCAGUAGGAUAGGGCAGGAUCAGGUAUGGGGUCACCUCUCACUAGUCCUGUAGCUGGUCAGUAGGAUAGGGCAGGAUCAGCUAUGGGGUCACCUCUCACUAGUCAUGGAGCUGGUCAGCAGGAUAGGGCAGGAUCAGCUAUGGGGUCACCUCUCACUAGUCAUGGAGCUGGUCAGCAGGAUAGGACAGGAUCAGGUAUGGGGUCACCUCUCACUAGUCCUGUAGUUGGUCAGCAGGAUAGGGCAGGAUCAGGUAUGGGGUCACCUCUCACUAGUCAUGGAGCUGGUCAGUAGGAUAGGGCAGGAUCAGGUAUGGGGUCACCUCUCACUAGUCAUGGAGCUGGUCAGCAGGAUAGGACAGGAUCAGGUAUGGGGUCACCUCUCACUAGUCCUGUAGUUGGUCAGCAGGAUAGGGCAGGAUCAGGUAUGGGGUCACCUCUCACUAGUCAUGGAGCUGGUCAGUAGGAUAGGGCAGGAUCAGGUAUGGGGUCACCUCUCACUAGUCCUGUAGUUGGUCAGUAGGAUAGGGCAGGAUCAGGUAUGGGGUCACCUCUCACUGGUCAGCAGGAUAGGGCAGGAUCAGGUAUGGGGUCACCUCUCACUAGUCCUGUAGUUGGUCAGCAGGAUAGGGCAGGAUCAGGUAUGGGGUCACCUCUCACUAGUCCUGUAGUUGGUCAGCAGGAUAGGGCAGGAUCAGGUAUGGGGUCACCUCUCACUAGUCAUGGAGCUGGUCAGUAGGAUAGGGCAGGAUCAGGUAUGGGGUCACCUCUCACUAGUCAUGGAGCUGGUCAGCAGGAUAGGGCAGGAUCAGGUAUGGGGUCACCUCUCACUAGUCAUGGAGCUGGUCAGCAGGAUAGGACAGGAUCAGGUAUGGGGUCACCUCUCACUAGUCAUGGAGCUGGUCAGCAGGAUAGGGCAGGAUCAGGUAUGGGGUCACGUCUCACUAGUCCUGUAGCUGGUCAGCAGGAUAGGGCAGGAUCAGGUAUGGGGUCACCUCUCACUGGUCAGUAGGAUAGGGCAGGAUCAGGUAUGGGGUCACCUCUCACUAGUCAUGUAGCUGGUCAGCAGGAUAGGGCAGGAUCAGGUAUGGGGUCACCUCUCACUAGUCAUGGAGCUGGUCAGUAGGAUAGGGCAGGAUCAGGUAUGGGGUCACCUCUCACUAGUCAUGGAGCUGGUCAGUAGGAUAGGGCAGGAUCAGGUAUGGGGUCACCUCUCACUAGUCAUGUAGCUGGUCAGCAGGAUAGGGCAGGAUCAGGUAUGGGGUCACCUCUCACUAGUCAUGGAGCUGGUCAGCAGGAUAGGGCAGGAUCAGGUAUGGGGUCACCUCUCACUAGUCAUGGAGCUGGUCAGCAGGAUAGGGCAGGAUCAGGUAUGGGGUCACCUCUCACUAGUCAUGGAGCUGGUCAGCAGGAUAGGGCAGGAUCAGGUAUGGGGUCACCUCUCACUAGUCAUGUAGCUGGUCAGCAGGAUAGGGCAGGAUCAGGUAUGGGGUCACCUCUCAUUAGCUUCAGUGUAAAUUAUAGUCUCAUCACCCUCAGUCUCAUUGAGCCUCCCACCCAUCCUGUGCCAUCCCUGAAUGCUCAUGGUAUGGGCCCCCCUGCCGCCACUAUUAGGGGCCCAAGUGCUCAUGGUGCUUCUCAUGAUGGUGUUCUGUAUCUGAUUUUACUUAAGUGCCUAUAUUUAGAUUUUUGCCAAAUUUCAACACAUGGUAUCACACAUAAUAGGAUUAGAUACAGCAGUUCAACAUACAGCGUCACACAUAAUAGGAUUAGAUACAGCAGUUCAACAUACAGCGUCACACAUAAUAGGAUUAGAUACAGCUGUUCAACAUACAGCGUCACACAUCAUAGGAUUAGAUACAGCAGUUCAACAUACAGCGUCACACAUCAUAGGAUUAGAUACAGCAGUUCAGCAUACAGCGUCACACAUAAUAGGAUUAGAUACAGCAGUUCAGACAACAGUAUCACACAAAAAUGUUCAGAUACAGCAGCUUAGCUGUCAGUGUCACACAAUAGCCUUAUAUACCUCAGCUUAGCUGUCUGUAUCACACAUGAUAGGAUUAGAUACACCAUCCCUAGAAAUGACUUUAUCAGACUGUGUACAGUACAUUGUAAUCAUUGUAUAAAGGGCUAUCCGCACCGCUCACCCCGCUUCAUCCUGUCCACACAUCUCGUUCUAUCACAUAUUAAAGCAGUGGUGUCCAAACUAUGGCCCUCCAGAUGUUGCAAAACUACAACUAAGGUGGUAUUCACCUUUAAGAUGUACAACAGCUGGAUGGGGGGGAGGGGGAGGGGGUGGUAUUACCUCAUUGCUAAGUCCAAUGUAAAUAAAGAGAGGCCCCACCCCCUCCGUGUACCACCAGGUCAUGUCUCCUUAAUACUGGAGCUACAACGGGAUGAGGUUAAAGCGUAAUGCGCCAUUGUGUUCUGUUUAAUGAAGGGCUAUUCCCUUAUGUCCUACAGCAGCACACACGGGGGUAUUCUGCCCCAUGGACAGAUAGAAUUUUAAUAAAAAGAAAUUCAAUCAACCAAUAAAACAAUCGUACAGCCCCCACAAUGGAGGACCCCCCCCCCCAACACCAGUUUUGUAGGCUCGGACUAGCUUGCAUGUUCCCUCCAAUGUCCUUGAUACGAAGGUAUCGGUGAAGAUCAGGUAAGACCAGGCCUUGGUGAUCACCAUCAUUCCAUUCUGGCUGAAGAGGUAUCUGUUCAUUCAGAUGAGUCCGGGUCAAUACUGGAGACUUUACCAACAGCAGAACCUGGUGUCUCAGUAAUGUCCGGUUCUGCACAGAUUCAACCUGACAGCCUGGAUGUGGACCAGUCCCUCUUACAGUCCAGAUCGGAGUCUUGAGAACACUGUCCUAUUCCAGAACAGAUUCUACCAAGAGGGCUUACCCCAAAAUUGAGCAUUCUUGUGCAUCCUCCUCUGCCAUCUAUCCUUCAGUUCUUACAGGACAGCCUAGAUAAGCGCCCAAGUAUCUCUACCCCGAAGGUUCAGGUGGUGGCUGUGUUGGCCUUCCUAGGAAGGUCCAUUUAUCAAGAACCACGAUCAAGAGUUUACUCAAGGGUCCCUGAAGCCUAAUGCCCAAAGGAUAGGGGAUAAGAUGUCUGAUCAGGCUGCGGUACCCCAGACAUCCGCUGCACGGAGCGAACUUCACUCUAUGCCAGAUGACUGGCGGGGUGGAGGCUCGUGACAUCACGCCAUACCCCCUCAACGCCCCCUCCCAUUGACUUGUAUUGAGGGGGCGGUGCCGUGACGUCACGAGAAGGUGUGGCCGUGACAUCACUAGCCUCCGGCGCUGGACCCGAUGCUAUAAACGAAUGCCGGGUGCAGCAGGGAGAUCGCGGGGGUCCAACAUCUUAUCCCCUAUACUUUGGAUAGGGAUAAGAUGUCAAGGGGUGGAGUACCCCUUUAACUUCUCCCCCCUUUGAGCCAUUGGAUAAAUUUAACUUCAGGUUCUCAUCUUUGAAGAUGACCUUAGUACUGGCGAUGACGUCAGCCAAGAAAAUUGGAGAGUGUUACGUCUUGUCAGCCCUACACGAGCUUCUUCCAGAUAGAGAACUUCUUCGCUAUUUACCUUCUUUUAUACCCAAGGUCCCUUCUUCCAGGAAUGUGAACCAACUCAUUUCCUUACCAGUUUUGGCUCCCUCGCCUUUAUCUGAUGAGGAAAGAUCUCUUCAUACCCUCACAUCUCCAGAUGUCUUAGGGUUUUUUUGAGCUGACAGAAGAAUUCCAGAAGGAUUAGAACCUCCUCAGGGGCGGUCUAUUCUAAAUUCCGCUGGCAGUUAAGGCCCCUCCCUAUAGGGGAUGACUUCUUGCUCAAUCCCCAUUUGUUGUUCUGCUGGUAGGACAUAAGGGAAAUGCUAAUAUCUAUCAAUAAUGUGCUUUCCCUUAGUCCUACAGCAGCACACAAAUAUCCCUCCCUUAGAUGAAUACUUGGUGUUGGGGAGGUUCCUCCUUUAUUGGGGAACUGUACAAUUGUAUUAUUAAUUGAUUGAAUUGUUUUUUUAUUUUUUAUUCCAUCUGUUCUACUCGACUGGUGCUGCUGUAAGACGUAAGGGAAAACAAAUUAUCGUUAGAAAUUAACGCUUACUGUCCAGGAAACAAUGGAGCAAUCUGCUUGUGAGACUCGAUCCAUCAUGAGAACCAGUUACCAAACACCAUCCCUGAGAUCAGCUCCUGCAGACAGAAUUACAGCCUGUUUUAUACUCCAGAGCUGGGCUCACUAUUUGGCAGCCUCAGAGCUGAAAUCUCCCAACCUUCUCUGCUUGUGUUUACACCAGGUAACUAUAUAGUUUGUUAUGGAUGUCUAUGGCUAAAGGUUUGCUUCCUGUUUCUAUUAGCACCCAGCAGAAUAGUGAGUACAGCUCUGAAGUAUAAUACAGGAUUAACUCAGGAUCAGUUUAGGAUAAGUAAUGUAAUGUAUGUACAAAGUGACCCCACCAGCAGAAUAGUGAGUACAGCUCUGGAGUAUAAUACAGGAUAUAACUCGGGAUCAGUACAGGAUAAGUAAUGUAAUGUAUGUACACAUUGACCUCACCAGCAGAAUAGUGAGUGCAGCUCUGAAGUAUAAUACAGGAUAUAACUCAGGAUCAGUACAGGAUAAGUAAUGUAAUGUAUGUACACAGUGACCCCACCAGCAGAAUAGUUAGUACAGCUCUGGAGUAUAAUACAGGAUAUAACUCGGGAUCAGUACAGGAUAAGUAAUGUAAUGUAUGUACACAGUGACCCCACCAGCAGAAUAGUGAGUGCAGCUCUGGAGUAUAAUACAGGAUAUAACUCAGGAUCAGUACAGGAUAAGUAAUGUAAUGUAUGUACACAGUGACCUCACCAGCAGAAUAGUGAGUGCAGCUCUGAAGUAUAAUACAGGAUAUAACUCAGGAUCAGUACAGGAUAAGUAAUGUAAUGUAUGUACACAGUGACCCCACCAGCAGAAUAGUGAGUACAGCUCUGGGGUAUAAUACAGGAUAUAACUCAGGAUCAGUACAGGAUAAGUAAUGUAAUGUAUGUACACAGUGACCUCACCAGCAGAAUAGUGAGUGCAGCUCUGAAGUAUAAUACAGGAUAUAACUCAGGGUCAGUACAGGAUAAGUAAUGUAAUGUAUGUACACAGUGAUCUCACCAGCAGAAUAGUGAGUACAACACCGGAGUAUAAUACAGGAUAUAACUCAGGGUCAGUACAGGAUAAGUAAUGUAAUGUAUGUACACAGUGACCUCACCAGCAGAAUAGUGAGUACAGCUCUGGAGUAUAAUACAGGAUAUAACUCAGAAUCAGUACAGGAUAAGUAAUGUAAUGUAUGUACACAGUGACCUCACCAGCAGAAUAGUGAGUGCAGCUCUGGAGUAUAAUACAGGAUAUAACUCAGGAUCAGUACAGGAUAAGUAAUGUCAUGUAUGUACACAGUGACCUCACCAGCAGAAUAGUAAGUACAGCUCUGGAGUAUAAUACAGGAUAUAACUCAGGGUCAGUACAGGAUAAGUAAUGUAAUGUAUGUACACAGAGACCCCACCAGCAGAAUAGUGAGUGCAGCUCUGGAGUAUAAUAUAAGUAAUGUAAUUACAAAGGAACUCAUCUGGUCAUGUCACUUGUAUCUAUACAUUUUGUCACAUUGUUCAUCUUUCCAGCUGACUUUUUUUGGGCACCUAUAAAACUUAUGGACUUUACAGACUGAACAGCAUCCUCCUCCCGUCUUCUCCAUUUACUGCACUCAGAGACAAUGUUUUUAACAUUUUAAUUUUUUGCCUUAAAGAAACAGUAAUGUGAAUUGUCUUUCCUUCCGGUAAUAUCAUCAUGCUGGGAAAAAAAAAUGACCGUUCUCUCAGAUUAAACACUUCAGAGGUCGUGGAACUCCUCAUCCCAGCAUGACCUUUAGGCCAUUCGGUGGGUGCACUGAUAUUACAGAUAAUAGUGCCAUAUUAAAAGGUACAAUCAUUCUCAUUAUUAGUGUUUCCCAACUGGUGUGCCUCCAGCUGUUGCAAAACUACAACUCCCAGCAUGCCCGCAUGCUGGGAGUUGUAGUUUUGCAACAGCUGGAGACACGCUGGUGCCACAUGGGUGAUUAGAAAAUAAGAGGUUCUUUCUUCCAAAAACAGCGCCACCCCUGUCCUCAGGUUGUGUGUGGUAUUACAACUCGACUCUAUUCACUUUAAUGGAACUGAGUUGCAGUACCACGCACAACCUGAGGACGGGGGUGGCACUGUUUCUGGAGGAAAGCAGCUUAGUUUUUCUAACCCCGUUAGAGGGAAGACAGCAUCCUUUUUUGUAUAGUUGGGGAGGUAUCUGUUUUCCUUUACACCUCGGAGAUGUCACUGCACAGUAGGGUGGGCAUUGUGCAGCAGACGUGACCCCGGAUAACACGGUAUAAUAGUCAGGGGCGGGGCUUGGAUAUGAGUGGGAGGUGGGAGCGCGUCUGGUGUCGCCGUUGCUGUGUGUUCACUGUGUGUAUAUAACUGUAGAUGAUGUAAAGCAGUGUGGUCGUAGGAGCCUCUCCGCUACUGUGUGAAUCUCGGCUUAUAGCGUCUCCUCUUAUGUCGUCUAUGAAGGGGAACAGGACAAAGCUUGUUUUUAUUUUUUUCUUGUUUCCUAAUAAAUUUCAUACACUGAAA